AUGUUAUCGUUGAAUGUAUUUCAAGUUAUUUGUGAAUUCUUAACUUACAAGGAGCUUACUAAGCUAGCUCAAACAUGCAAAAAAUACAAGAAAAUAGCUGAUUCAGACAAAUUUUGGAAAAAUGAAGCUGUGAGACUUUUUAUGAGUGAGCUUGAUUUAUAUCAGAUUUAUGAUGAGAUUGCUAUAUAUCCAAAACUAGCCAAGCAUGAAAACGAAUUAUCAGGCUCACAGUGGAAGAUUUUAGUAAAAAAUCAAUUUGAGAUUAAAUAUAGUUGGAAACAGCUUGAAGGGGAAAAUUUAAGCAAAAAUGAAAUAGAUGAGCUUUACUGAAAUAUAUCAGAAGAGCUAAAAAAUCCAACACCUCCAAUUCCAAGCUUAAAAGCUGAAUAUUUCCCUUCAAACUAUCAAGAUCUUCUUGGAAAUUCUUUAUUUUUAGACCCUAAUGAAAAUAGCUCUCAUCAAGGGAUUCUUCAAAUUUUCAAUUCAAAUUUCCAAGGAUUCUGUGCUGAAUUUACCUCAAUAUCCCAUAUCAGCAUGCUAAUUAGCGCAGUCUAUAACACUUGGAGCCCUGAUUUCGAGCUAAAAAACUACCCUUGGAUUAUGAAAUUUUAUUCAUUACUUUAUCAGAUGAUAUCAAUAAAUUGCAAAUUUUCCUAUAGCAAAAUUGUGUGUUAUUCUGGAGAAAAUCUUUUAGACGAAUAUAUGCUGAGAUGGUCAGCAUUUUCUGCGGCCAUGCAAAAUUUAUCUGAGUUUCUCAGGCCUUUUACUGAGAUGGUCAAUUAUAUCAGAAAUGAAAAAAUUAAGGAGAAUUUAAAAACCAAGGAAUUUAAAUUGCACAUUUUGAUGAAUAAAAUAUGGGAGAGGAGAAAAUAAUAUAUUUUUUAGAGAUUUUUAGCAAUUUUUUUAUAAAAAAAAUAAUAAAUUAUGGAAAGAAGAAGUUUUUGAAAAAAUUCAAGCAGAAUUAAGUGAAAAUAUUUUGAAUUUGUGAAGAAAAAUCAGAAGCUCUGACAGUGAUUCUGGAUUAAAUCUGCUGAUAAAAAGUAUGGACUGUAUCAUAGAUCAUAGCGUGGAUGAGAAAAAUUUACUUUUUAAAAAUCAUACGCAUCAUUUUACAGCAAAGCCCUAUAAGUUUAUACAUGAUCAAGCUAUAGAAAAAACAAAAAAAUAUUAUGAAAGCUUGAAUUUUUCAAAUGAAAAUUGACGAACUAUUAUUGAUAGAGACAUUAGGAUCGUAAAAUUAGCUUUCCUUCCUGCCACACAAAAAGCAAUUGAAGAGCUGGCUUAUAGUAAAAUCCAGAAAAUUAUAGCUUCCCAAAUAAGCAAAGAAUUCUCCAGGUUCUCAAUAAAGAAAAUAUACCCAUAUAACGAGCAAAUUAUUAGUGAAUAUGUGUAUAGUCCAAUUGGCUUGCUCCUUUUCCAUCAAGAAAAAUCAGUCUCCAAAGUUCGGUCUUUUAUUUCUUAUGGAUUAUCGAAAGAGUCUUAUAUUAAUUUGUUCAGAAUUUAUAAUGAUGGAUUUAGAACAAUUUCUACGAUAUAUGACAAUCAAGAUCAAGAAAUAGAGCUUAAAGCAAAAAAGUGUGGGUUCUCAUCUGAGGGUUCCAGAUGUAGUCCUACCACUGAAUUGGAGAAUUGACUUUUAGAAAAUAUCGUCAUAAUAUAG